AACAAACAACCUGAGUGAAAUGGGAGGAGCAGAAGUUGACUUCCUAAAUAACAGCCAGGUUCCUCCGCGCGCUCAGCUUCCUGGACUUCCUGAAGUCCCAAAGACUCGGACUGUGCUGAGCUGCUGUCCCCCAGCUCUACACCUCCUGGAUGGAAACGGACCGGCUGCUGAGCCGGCCUGAGGAGGACGGACACACCGGGGACUAUGGCUCCGGGCCCGGAAGGAGCCGCGGAGGUUCGCGGGCCAGCAGGCGGAUGUCCUACUCUGCUGCCGAGGACUGCUGCCGUUUGGACGGAGAUAACAAGGACAUUUACAUCCAGCAAGCUGUUGUCUUCAUAGAAGAUGCCAUCCAUUACCGCUCCAUCAACCACCGGGUGGAUCCUGGCUCACUACGCCUGUACCGAUGGUACUACUCCAAACUAUGCCAGUGGAUCCUGGGGACCAUCAUUGCAGUUGUGUUGUUGCUGGCAUUCGUAGAGCGUCCUUCGUCACUCUCGGUCUCCUCGGAUCCCCACCACCGAUUGGUACCAUAUGAGCCUCCUUGUGGCGCCACAGAGAGUGUGGAGAUGCUCUGCAUCAUCGUCUUCUGCUUCGAUCUGGCAGUCAAAAGCUACCUGAUUGGCUGGGAGGAAUUCAGAAAGAGUAAAUGGCUAAUCAGCUACACUGUGGUUAUUUGUGUGUCCAUCGUUGACUGGGUGCUAUCCAUCAGCAUGCUGUGUGAUGAGAAACUGAGAGUACGACGGCUUGUUCGACCAUUCUUCCUUCUGCAGAACUCCUCUCUGAUGAAAAAGACCCUGAAGUGCAUCAAGAGAACCCUGCCUGAGAUCGCCAGUGUGAUCCUGCUGCUGGCUCUGCACCUUUGUCUCUUCACCAUGAUCGGCAUGCUGCUAUUUGCUAAAAGCGAGGAUCCAAAGAAGAACGGCGAGUGGGAGCUCCACUUCAGAGACAUGAGCACGUCCCUGACCUCCCUGCUGGUUCUGCUCACCACAGCCAACAACCCAGAUGUCAUGAUCCCCGCCUACUCCCUCAACAGAGGCUACGCCAUCUUCUUCAUCACUUUCAGCGUCAUCGGGACCUACUGCCUGAUGAACCUGCUGACGGCCAUCAUCUACAACCAGUUCAGGGGAUAUUUACUGAUGUCCGUUCAGACGUCCAUCAUGAGGAGGCGGCUGGGGAUCCGAGCUGCUUUCCAUGUCCUGAGCAGCCAGAGAGCCCAGGCUGAGGCACAGGAGGUUGUGAGUGUGGAUGCCCUCCUCCAGGUGAUGUCCAGGGUCCACAUGAAGACCUACUAUAAAUCAGCCAUCACUGUGGUCAGAACCAGCUUCACACACACACACAUCUUCAUAGUCAGAUUGAUUCAAAGUUUUCUAUCUAAGGAAAACAAGUAUGGAAUUAAAUCUGUGCUGCUGGGAUUUAAAUUAAAAAUUAUUGCAGCAAGUUGCAAUUGCAAGCAAAUUAUCAACCUCUGCUUCAUCCUCUUCUACCUCUUUGAAAUGAGUGUGAAGAUAUUUGCCUUUGGCUGGAGGGGGUACCUGUCCUACAGGAGCAACAUAUUUGAUGGCUUCCUCACCGUUCUCUUACUGAUCCUACAGAUUGCUAUAUUCAUCACCUACAGGCUUCCAUACUCCCAGUGGGAGCCCUCGGCUCAUGCUGGGAUGUCUCUGUGGGAGAUGAUUCGUCUGGUCAACAUGCUGAUCGUCUUCCGCUUCCUGCGCAUCAUCCCAGAUAUCAAGUUUCUGCUGCAGAACUUCAUUUACAAGUGGGACCGCAGCCACAGCUGCUCUGUUACCGACGUGGAGAAGAUCCGAUACGAAACUUCAGUGCAGUUCAUGUUCAGGGAGCAGAUCCCAGAACCCACUGAAGAGGAGCUGGUGUGUCAGCUCCACCGGCACCCCCACCUCCACCUGGACUGCUGACAGCACCACCGUCUGCAGGAGGAGCACGACACAGUUCUCUGUUUCACUCCUCGUUCAAACUUAGGUUUUUACUUCUAAACUCUGUUUAAACGGUUUUAAUUGAGUCUAAACGUCCCCAGAACCAGAAACGUCCUGAGGGAUCUGAUCGGGUCCAGUUAUGUCAGAACCAAGUCACGCUGAGGACAGUUUCCUUCAAAUGGGACAUUGGACGCGGCUGUUUAGCUCCUGGUGAGCUAGCCCAGCCGUUAUGGAGCUGCCAUCAUGUUUUCUCACCAGUCUGGAUGUUUUUGAUCAGCUGUCUCUGAUGUGUUUGAGCGGUUCUGGUUCUGGUUCACACAGAAUGACUCCUGCAACAGAUCACUCUAACGCAGAAACCAAUACAGGCCUUCCAACUUUAAAGGGCGACUCGCCCUGAAAUGGACGCCAUGAUAGCUCAGAGUGAAUUUAAGAACAGAAGCGGAAGACUUUGUUUUGUUUGUCUAUUUUUAAAAAUAUUUGUUGGGAUGAUGAGUUUUUAGCCAGUAUGGGAAUUUUAUCCACUGAGGAGGACAAAUCCUAAAACAUACAGGAAACACGUUGAUUAGCAGAAUAAAGAGACACACACUGAGGGAGGGGCCCUCUCUGCCCACAGGGGCCCUGCCUGAUGAUAAUUGGCCCCCAUUCUCUGGGCCCCCUGACCAACACUAGCACCAGGACUUAAAGGGAAACUCACUGUAUUGUUUAAAUCUCACAGGGAGGGGGUCUAUGUGGAGCAGGGUGCAUUGGGGCCUGAUUGGGGGCCACAGUAGGACUACAGCAUAUAUGAAACAACUUUAGCUGAAAGCUUCAAGUCUGAUUUCUACAAAAAAACAAACAUUUUAUUUAACUUGAACAAAGGUAAAAAGGGAAAAUUGUUGGAGCUCCUUCCUUCUGCUGUUAUUUAUGGGAAUCCUGAUUGGACUCAUUUUAUUAUGGAGAUCAGAUUAUUUUAUGAUGAUGACAUGAUUCCUGAAAAAAUAAACACCUUUAACCAAAGCUUGAUCUUUUACUCCUCUUUAUUUCCCUAAAGUCAUGAAAUGCUCAUUAUUGGAACAAUCAGCAGCAGAGAAAGGAAGAUGAAGGAAA